GAACGAGGCAUAAUUAGGUCAGGUGACGUUCAGCAAUGGUGUUUACAAGCAAGGUGAAACCAUUCCAGACAACGUUGCUAAUCAUCGUUCACUUCGGAACACUACUGAAUGACACCUUCGGUCUGAGAUGCCUGGAGUGUCAGGAAGUGUACAAGCCAGAGGACUGCGCCCUGUCUGGUGCCUGUGGACAAGAUGAGCGUUGCUUCACCCGGGCGUUCAUUAACAGCAAAGGGAGGCAAGCCUACAGACUGGGAUGCGAGAACACCGAUGUGUGUGACUUGUUCAAGCAUACGUCGGUGUUGAUUGGUAAACGUUCCCCUGGACAAGGGCGGCCAUGUCGGCAGUGCUGUUCCCAUGACAACUGCAAUGAAAGACUCUGCGUCGAAUCUACCACAACGCCCAAAACUCCUUUCACCGUGCCUCUCGUCAGUACAUCGGCAACAACGGCGGCAACUGUUGUAACAUCUCCCCCAUCAUCAACGGCAGUCGUGUCGACAACGCCAAACAACACGGCAGUCCCAACUUCCGGCAGAGACUGUCUGUCCAUCCAGGAGCAGGGCGUGACGUCAUCAGGAGUGUACUUGGUGAACCCAGAUGGCGGAACUCCCUUCAACGUCUUCUGCGACAUGACUGGAGAAGGGGGAGGUUGGACGGUUGUUCAAAGGCGAGUGAACGAGACUGUCGGAUUUGACAAGAACUGGAAUCAGUAUAUGAAUGGCUUUGGUUCACUGGAUGGGAACUUUUGGCUUGGUAACGAAUAUCUCCACCGCCUAACGAGUCAGCCAGGACGAAACUACACACUCAUGUUCGAGUUGACAGUAUCUAACGGAACCGUAUAUCACGCACUCUACUACGACUUCACUGUGGCCGGAGAGACAGACAAGUACAGGGUGAACUUCACUGGCUAUGAGGGAAAUGCAGGUGACAGUUUCGGUGACCAUAACGGUUUGCAGUUCUCGACAUACGACUCCGACAACGACAAGUCAUCACGUAACUGUGCCCAAAUGUACAAAGGGGGAUGGUGGUAUCACAGAUGUUACGACGUCAACAUCAACGGCUUGUACGGGGUGCAGGGAGACACGGGGAUGGUCUGGUACGUCUUGACGGGGUGGGGUCAUGCCGUCACGCAGACAUCCAUGGCUAUACGACCGUCGGACAUGUAGCUGCUGACAAGGGUUUCAAUAAACACAAUGUGCGAUA